AUGCCACGGCAAGCCGCGGACCUGGAGGAGGCGCUGAAGAAGAAGGGUGGCCUGACGUUGUCGCAACUCGCCAAUUACGACGACAUCAUUACCGAUGCGCUGGUCGAUCGGGUAUACUUCUGGUCCUCCAUCCGCAAGCUGAAAGCCAACUACCACGCAUGCCGCGGCGUGCGCGAAGAGCUCGUCUGCCAGAUUCUGCAGCAGCAGGUAGUCAUCGCCAAAGACCCCGUUGCGGCGCAUAGGGAGCUGCUGAAACUGCCGGGCCUCGCAAAGUAUCUUGCCCACCUGAAGAGCGAAGACGAGAAGGAGCACUUUGAGCGCCACCUGCGCAAGUACAUCAACAUCUACCUCCCGGAUUGCCCGUUUGAAGUGGACACGACGAAUCGCUACACCGUCACCACCGCCGAGGCAUGUAUCAAGGCGCGCAAGCCGAUCAAGAAGGGCGAGCCGAUCAAGUAUCUGUCUGGCAUCCAAGUGGAGAUGAGCGCGAGGGAAGAGAAGGAGUUGUCGAGUCGCACCGACUUCAGCAUAGUCGUGUCGAGUCGCAGGAAGCGGCCCUCGUUGUUUCUCGGUCCCGCUCGCUUCGCCAAUCACGAUUGCGAUUCGAAUGCUCGACUGAACACGAGUGGCGCGCAUGGUAUUCACAUUGUUGCCUGUAAGGAUAUCGAGGCGGGCGAUGAAAUCACCGUCACGUACGGGGAUGACUACUUUGGCAUCGACAACUGCGAAUGUCUGUGUGGAACAUGUGAGUCUUUGCUUCGGAAUGGGUGGGAUCCGGCAGGUCCGCCUUUGCGAGAAGAAAGCAGUGACGAGGAAGAAGAAGAUGGGGACGAAGGGGAAGCGACUCCCAGGGCGACGAAUGUUGCUGUGUCGAGAAGCGCUGGUUCGAAUCUCGGCAAGCGAAAGCGAGAAGAUGACGAGCCUAGUGGCGGCAAUAAGAGAAGAGGACGAGGGGGGCCGCGGAGGGUGGUCGAAGCGGAGGCCAGCCGAUCUCAAUCAACUGCAGUGAGCGACACCUCUUCCGGCGAAUCUGUCAUGGAAAGAAUCUUCAUGCUACUUGGAGGGAUUGGUGACCGCCGACUAAAACAGAUGAGUGCACAGGCUGGAUCUUCUCGGGCUUCAUCCGCCAGUGCUUCACCGUCGCAGACUGAGAUUUCAGACGACAAGAACGAUGCCGCGAAAAAGUCCGGCGACUUGGGGUCUCGCUCCCCUUCUAGACUAUCUUCUACUCCCUCGCAAGCCCGUGCUCCGAUACGAGAUCGAAAGACCGAUUCACCUCGUGCAAUUGGGCCGAGCGAGCGCCUGGGCCAUUCCGCCGCGCGCACUCCUAGAUCCAGGUUUCUCCGGGACCACACUCAGCGCAGCACCUCAUCCCUGCGCCACGUUGUCCACGCCGACGAGACCGACACGGACGUGCUGGAAGGGUCUCCGUCUCGAGGGCCGACGCGGCGACAACGAGCGGAACAGGAGCCGUCGGUGAAGUCGGAGAAUGACGAAGCGUCGUCGGGUUCCAGCUCGCCUCCAUCGACCAACAACGACACCUCGUCGUUCACCUCCAGUGCAUCUAGCGCCACCUCCAUUGAUACCUUCACUGCGGGCAACAUCUCGCAAAGCAUCUGUCAGAUGCUCACCGUGGACGAUGUCGAAGACUCGAAGCAUACUGUCGUCGAAAGUACCGAUGUGCAGAGCAGCGCGCUUCACGAGCGCCGCACGCGCAGAAGCGCCCGAAAGCCCGCCGAAACAUCUGCCACCCCGCCCAUCCACAGCAUCGAGGUGCAAGAAGGCCACUCCUCCACAGACAGCGAGGACGACACCAAAUCCACUCGAGGCCCCGCCCGCACGCCCGGCGACUACACCCUCUGCAAAACGCUGCUGCCCACCACCUACCACCGCUGGGUCGAAUGCCGCAACUGCGACGAGCACUUUGUGCAAGGCGACGCGUACCUGACGCGCAUCGGGUGCCCGCGCUGCGAACGCCACAGCAAGCUGUACGGCUACUACUGGCCCAAGACGGACAAGGAGGGGAAAUACGACGGGGAGGAGCGCGUGCUGGAUCACCGGACGAUUCAUCGCUUCAUUGAUCCCGAGGAGGAGCGGGUGGAGCGCAAGGGCCGUAAGACGCUCGCUGAUGUGGUGAGGGAGCGGGAGGUGUCGUUGAAGAGGCUGGAGAGUGAGGAGGUGGAGAGGGAGAUGGAGCGGAAGUUGAGGGGGAGUCCGAGGCGGGCGGAUGGGAGGAGGAAGCUGAGGAGCACGAUGUAA